AUGGCCCAUUUUGAGCCUAGCGGGCUACCGACACUAGCCGUGUAUUCUCCCUACAUUCUAAGAGAGGAGGCCGUGUUACUAGGAGUUGAGCUCUCGCUAUAUGUGGCUGAAGCGAUGUUCUUGCUGUGUGAUGACAUUAGUAGUAUGUUAAUCUUCUGCUCCAAGUUAUGGAGAGGUCUAAAAUGGGACCUGAAAUCUUCUAGUCCUGUGGUGGAAAGGCUGCUUCGUGUUAUUCAUUUGGUCUACUCAAGAAAUACCAAACCGAAGAAUGAAGUAUACCAGAUUGGUGGCAAGUCGGCCCAAGGUGAACUGAUGAUGACAACUUUGGAGAAUUUCGAUGGUGGAAUGCGAGAUCUGCACAAACUUUUCUUGACUCUCCAAGUUCAAGGAAGCUGGGCAGAUGGCAGAGAGUUAACGUCUAGUAUUGAAGAAAUGCUGAAGAAGGUAGAGGAGAAGUUGAGGUGCGCGAAUGGGUUUGUGAGUGAUGUGGUGGAGCCUGGGCUUGUAUGCUUGUGGAAGACGCUGUUGGACAAAGAAACCGAGGAAACAUGGACGAGGGAGGAGAUUCUUAUCGACCUCUUUCAGCCUCUUAUUAAACAAGAAGCAGCAGCAAAACAUUAG